GACUUCGACUUAUUCCGUAUCUCAACUUACCGAUUUGUGUACCAUACACUACCUAGACACCAAACCGGGAACGACCAGCGCCAAGAGCCCUUUCCCCUGCUAUCACUUCUCUUCUGCCCUGAAGAUCUUCGGCGCAGGGGUUGCCAGUCGCAAAAUUACAUCAUAGGCGAUUGGGCGCUGCCCAUCUUAUUCCUUUCCAAGUAUCAUCAUCGCCAAUCCAUCGGACAUUUUCAGAACCCGUCUCCGAAUUCAAAACCCAACCACAAACACAAACAGACUCCGAUCACAACAUAUACAGAUCAAGUCAACUAUGGAGUCCCUACUAUCGCUCGCUUUCGACAACCUCUCGGCCUUUGAGCCGGCAAAGAUCAAGAAGGGUCUAAAACAGGUCGAGGGCUUGCUCGCCCAGAUAUGCUUAUCGGGCCCGGCCAAGAGGGAGCUAGAUGCGGCUGCGGCCGGGGAACAACCACAACUACAGCGCAAGGGCCUAGGCGACCUUGCUGGCGACCCAGCGUUUCGCGAGUUCUUCAAGUUGCAAGAGGGUUUCGAAUGGAACGUCGCCCAGCGGCUGCUCACAACGCUCGAUUUUUUGGUGGCCCGAGGCGGCGAUGGGCAGUAUGACUUGCUUAUCCUCAAUGCUCUGGACCUGAUCCAGGGUGUUCUCCUUCUGCAUCCACCCAGCAAGGUGCUCUUUUCGAGGGCUGCGCACAUGAACCUCCUUCUCGACCUGAUAGAACCCGUCAACACCCCUGCCAUCCAAUGCGCAACCAUCAUCACCCUUGUCGUCGCCCUCCUCGAUUCACCCGCCAACGUGCGCGUCUUUGAGCGUCUUGACGGUCUUCUGACCGUUGCGUCCCUUUUCAAAAGCAGAGAAACCGGCCGCGAAGUCAAGUUCCGCUUGACCGAGUUCCUAUAUUUCUAUCUCACCCCCGAAGCUCCAUCUGCAUCAAUGGCGUCUUCACCAGUAUUACCGUCAACACCCACAUCACCGACAAGGGACAGGGCUGGUAGCGAUACAGCUAGUCAGCAAGGCAGAGGGAGCAAGGCCAACGGAGGCGUCACGCUGUCGGUAGAUGUCAAGAAGAGAAAGCUUGAUCAACAUCUCCCCGGGGUCGUUGAUGCCUUGCUGAGGGACUUGGAUCGGUAUAAGCCGUUUGGGGGUGUGUUGAGCUGAGUGGUUGGUUGUUGUCGACCUUUCACGAGUCUUUUUUUUU